AUCAAUUUUUCUCGUUCUUUUUUUUUUUCUCUUUAAUAUAAUGCUUGAAGACUCACGACUUCCAAGUCUUGAUUCAACUUGUUCAAGUCAUGAAGGACUAGAUCACCUUGUACUCCCUCAAACGUCUGAUAUGCUUCUACCAAAUACGACUGCCAUAUUACAAACUCAAGAUGACAUCUCUAGUGAUAGUGAAUGUAGUAGUACUGAUGGUCAUGAUCAAGCUUUAUAUGACCUUCCGCUUGUCAUUCGAGCCUUGAAAACUACAUUAAAGCACCAAGAAGAACAACAAGAACAACAACAACGGCAGGACGAAGGACAUAGUAGUGAAGAUGGACAAUCGUGUUUGGAUACACCACCUGCCUCUUUAGAAGACGACGAUGAUUUGGAUGAACGACAAAUACAUACACCAACUACAAGUACUUGUUCUACUUCUUCUGAUUUGAAACCUAUAGACACGACCAUUCAUUCUGAUCCUUCAUCCAAUCCUACCAAACUGGCCAAUGGAAUUCAGUUACCGACUGUUGAUCCUAAAUCUAUUUCACCCAAUUUAAUGAAUGCUAUUGAACAAGAAAAACAAGAUGAAACGGCGAAUAUGGCAAUGCAUUAUUUCUUUCAAAAUCAAUUCAUGAAAGCAAAACAAUUAUUAGAACAACAUGCUGCAAGCAAUCCUUUACAUUCUCUUUGUCUAAGUUCCAUGUUAUUUUUGAAAGCUGUGAUGACAAACGAUGAAAGGACACGAAAAGAAAGUUUGGAUGCUUUAUUACGGACAUAUCAUUUGACAACAACUGAAUUGGAAAUGACAGUGAAGCAACAAAGUGCAUUUUUUGGACAUCCUGUUUUACAAUAUGCACAACACUGUUAUUAUUAUUUGACAUGCGGCAAUCAUCAUUUAGCAUCACAUCCAACACCACGACGACAUAGACAACUAAAUCCAUUUUCUUCUCAACAACAAAAAGGUGAACAAUUUGUAUCCAAUGGUAUUCUGCGUGCACAUAUCAUCAAGGCUGAAAGUUGUUUGCAAAUGGCUAUUCUUUACCUAUUACAAGGAUCUUAUUCUUCUUAUAUUAAAUGUGGAAUCAAUAUUCGAAGAGCUUAUGCUAGCUACUAUUUUGUAUGGCAAGAACAACAACGAAUGGGACAAUUCCAUGCAAAUCAUAUUGACAAAAAUACACUUUGUGGUCUUCAAUUUGGGAUCGGUGCUGUACACUUGAUACUAGAUUCACUACCAUUGAAUAUUAGACGUAUUGUAUCUUCAUUCACAUGGCAACCUGAAAAACAAUUAGGACUGGCUUUAUUAAGACUUAGCAAGGAAAGCGAUGGAAUACGAUCCCCCUGGUCCUCAUUAUUAUUACUAGCUUAUUAUACCAUUUUAACUUCAAGUUGUCCUCAAAUUUUAAUGGUCGAAUAUUCACAACCAGCCAUUGAAGUGUUACUAGAAGCUCAACAAGCGUAUCCACAUUCAGCCUUUUUUCUUCAUUUCGCAGGUCGAACAUCAAGAAUUGGUUGCAACAUCCCACUCUCAACACAAUCAUUCCUUUACGCCAUAGAAAUCAGCAAAAGCGACUGGGCAGAAUUGGACAUUUUCCAUGUAUGUAGUAACGAAAUUGGGUUUAAUUCUAUGAUGCAAAUGGAUUGGGAAGAAGCUAUCAAGGUAUUUGAACUUCUAUAUGAGCAUGAUUAUUGGUCUAAUGGUGUCUUUCGCUAUUUACAUGGAACGUGUCUUGCUAUGCUUGGUUUAGAUACUGAAGCUAUUCUACUCUUUGCUCAAGUUCCCGAACUUAUUCUUCAUGGUGAUACAGCGAGCAACAACCUACAAGAUCUAGAAAAGUACAUUUUACAAAAAGUACGAUUUUUUGAAAGUACUGGAUAUCAAGAUUGUAGAUUAUCAUUAUGUGCCCUAGAAUAUGUGUGUCUGAUGAAUGGUAUAUGUUUUUUGGAUUCAACUACUUUGGAACAUUAUCUUGUAUUGAUUGAUGACACUUUACAACAUAUCGUGGAAAUGGAACAACUCGAAUUUGCUAUUCGUGAAAGGGAAAUGGAUCCUGACACACCUUUGCCUUGUUAUGUAAAUCAACGCGCUGUAUUACUUUGGAUGAAAGCGUGUAUUUAUAACAAAGAGGAACGAUAUGAUGAUGCUAUCCCUCAUCUCAACUGGAUUGUUGAUCAUAAGGAUGAUAUCGAUAUGGAUCAAUGGGUGAUUCCUUUUACAUUUUGGGAAGCGGGGAUCACAGCUUGGAAUAUGGACAAUCGUACACGUGGAAGAGAACUAUGGGAAAAGGCUGCUACAUACAAAAAUUAUGCUUUUGAAAAUCGAAUGGCUUUGAAAAUACAUCUCACCUUAUCAAAAGCGGAUGCUGAUGGUGUACCUAGUUCUCAAAAAAUCAAUAAUUAUCAAGGUCGUUCUCGAUUCAAAUCUAUCAUCUUAUCUAGUUAGGUGAUUACAACAUACGUUAUACCUUAUUGUUUAUAUCUAUAUACUUUAGAAUUUACUCGUUGUAUCAUAGUUAUCAAUUUAUAAAUUAUUUAUAAAUUCAAUGCCU